AAUAGUCGGCCUUUACCCAAGCCAAGUUUUCUUCCCUCUUCUCUCAGUCUGCGACUAGGCGGCGGCGGGCGGGCGGGCCAAGUUUACUUUCUCUUCUGUCACCAGUCUGCGACUAGGCGGCGACGCGACGACCUUCACGCACGAACCUUCGCCGCCUGCCCGCGCUUCGCCAAUUCGGUGAAUUGCGGUCAGCAAAAGAAAAAAAAAAGGAAGGAUCUUUCUUCUGACUUCGGAAUUUUGGACGACAAGAUGCACUUCCUUGCAUCAUUUCACGUCCCUACAGGUUUUGUGUUAUCUGAUUUUUCGGGAUGGAUGCCAAAAGGUUUCUGCAACUGGUCGAGGAGAAGAAAAGAAGGAUCCUCGAGAAGAAAGAAGCCCCACUAAAGUGGGAGCAGAAGCUAGAAGCAGCAGCUAAGGCCAAGGCUGAUGCAGAAGCGAAGGCGAAGAAGCUAAAAUCAAGAAAGCACAGGAGGAGAGGAGAUUCUUCCUCGGACUCUGACAGUGACUAUGACAGCGAUAUUGAUCGGAAACAUAGGAAGAGGAAGGACCGCAGAAGGAACAAGAAGCAUGAACAUUCUGACUCUGAUGCCAGGAGACGCAAGCGUAGGUCCAGAAGGAGCACAGACUCAAGUGACGAGAGCAACAGUGAAUAUGAGAGCAGGUCUGAAGAAGAACGUCCAAGGAAGAAGCGCUCGCACAGAAGAAGGCAUCACCGACACUCUUCAAGGUCAGACUCUGAAGACUACAGCAGUGACGAGGAAGAACAGAGAUCUGCCAAGGACCAUUCUCAGAGCCGCAGACGCCACCAUAGGUCAUCCGAUGAUGACUCGGACAAGGACAAGGUCAAGUCGAGACAUGGGAAGCGUCUGAGAUCAAGUGACGAGGAUGCAAGGUCAGAUUCCAACAGCCAUAAGCAUCUCAGGAGCCAAUCCUUGGAGGAGUCAUCAGACGAUAGAGAUGCUGCUGAAUCAGAGAAGAUGAGAAAUGGCAAAAGGUCUCACAAGAAUGGCCACCAUCACCACCAUCACCGUCACCAUCGGCACCACCAUGAAAGACAUCGUAACUCUGCAGAACCUAAUGACAAGAGGCAAGUAUUGAAAGAUGGCCAGAGGGCCAUUGGAAGUGACAGCGCAAACUGAAGAUACACUGGAAAGAUCGAUUUUUCAUUUGUGAUGUUCUCAGUUAAUAAUUGAUGUUGUUAAGGACAGAAAGAUCAAUUUUUUGUUCCUGAUGCUGAUGUUCUCCGUUAAUUGUUGUGCUGAGAACAUAUUUCUUCGAUUUGUGCUUUGAAACGUUAGAAGAUGCUUACAUUUGCUUACAUUUGGUAAAACUGUUGAUAAGCCAUCGCAGAGUACUGUUAACUGA